UCAACUAUUUCUUUUGUAAGACAGAGGGAAGGAAAGGGAGGAAGAAAGAGAGGAGCAAAGGCCCUUGCAUUUCUCAUGAACUGUGGAGUCGUGUUGGGUUUCUAUUGUUGGGGUUGGGAGUUCUUAACUGCCCUUCUUCUCUUCUCCCCUUAUCCUUGAAUCUCUUCUUCUUCUUCUUCUUCUUCUUCUUCUUCUAAAUAAUUUUCUCUAUUUUCUUUACAAACACAUACAUCUUAUUUUCUGUAUUGGGUAGUAAUGGAGCCUAUGGCAAGUGAUAGUAACAAGGGCUUGUUAGAUUACGUUAGGAAAUCAACCCCACCACCAUUUUUGAUGAAGACUUAUAUGCUCGUGGAGGAUCCGACCUCCGACGACGUUAUAUCGUGGAACGCCGAUGGGACGGGGUUCGUGGUGUGGCAGCCGGCGGAGUUUGCUCGUGAUCUCCUCCCAACGCUUUUCAAGCACAGCAACUUCUCUAGCUUCGUCCGGCAGCUUAAUACCUAUGGAUUUCGGAAAGUGGCAACCAGCCGAUGGGAAUUUUGCAACGAAAUGUUUCGGAAGGGGGACAGAGAGCUGCUUUGCAAUAUCCGUAGAAGAAAAGCAUGGGCCAAUAAGCAACAAACUGCUGCAACAAUUCAAGUGUCACCACAAGAGUCCGACGAAGAUCAGAGAUCUUCCUCAACUUCUUCGUCUUCAGGACACAACAGCCUAGUCGACGAAAACAAGCGACUCAAGGAGGAGAACGGCGUCUUAAGCUUGGAGCUGACGAGCAUGAAAAGGAAAUGCAAGGAGCUUCUCGACUUGGUGGCUAAGUAUGCACAGUUUGAGAAAGAAAAGGAAGAUGAGAGUCCAAAGCUGUUUGGGGUGAGGUUGGAAAUUGAAGGAGAGCGGGACAGGAAACGAAGGAGAGCCGAGAUCAGUGAAAGCGCAAGCAUUUUACUGUCUCAAUCUUGCAAAUAAUAAUGUCAGUUAGGAAUUAGAAUAAUGAAGAUAGGAAGCUUGGCUACUUCAAAUCAAAAGUAGCAAUACAUAGAGAGUACGUGCAUGUGUACAUUAUAUAUAUGUUUGUCUACUCUUUUGGUUGGUGUUGAAUCAGGGACAAGCCUGCUAGACUUAAUUAUUUUAGUACCUGCAAUCAAGCUUCUAUUUGAUUGCAAAACAUGUAUGGUUUAAACACAUGAUUUACUGCUCAUCUGCAUCUUUUCUUUCUCUUUGA